GUGGUGCUACUAUACAGUCGCUCAACAUUAAAUCAACUUCAGCUGAUGACCUCGAAUUGGGUGUUUCGCAAAUACUCGAACAGCAACAGGUGGAUAAAACAAUCAUGCUCCUACCUCCAGACGUAAACGAUAGAAUGCAAGAUAACGCUGAAACUUGGUUGAACAAGAUAACGCAGGUGGUCAAAAAACUAGGUAUUAGAUACGUAGAGCCCGCGUCUCUAGACACGACAAUCAUGCAAAUCGAUAUGGAUUGCUUAAAAUUCACGAAACCUACUAAGGAGGAGGAGAUACAAGAGACGUCAUCAUCGCUUCAUCCACGCGAAAGUGGCCAACCGCUGGGACCAACAUCCGAGCAUGCCAAUGUUCAAUCGUCAAUAAGAGAGCCUGACAGGACGCCAUUGAGAGAGUCACCACCACAGCCAUUGGCAGAGAACAGCCGAAAGCGUAAGGCAUCGAAGGAUCCAGAUGAACCACAGAAGCGUUUAAUACGCAGAGCUGGAGGAAAGAGAGCCCAGCGCGUCGAUCUAGAUGAUGAUAUUGUGGAUGUCUCAGUAGAGCCAUCGAAACCAUCUACAACAAUGCAAGAUCAACCCCAAGCUGAGCCAUCUGAGCCACCUCAACAGCCAGUGGCAGCCACACCUAUGAGGAGGCGUACAGGCAAUAGGCGAUCACGCUCGAUCAACAUCGACGAAUCUGAUGAUGAGAGACCGCCUGUCCAAGAGACGAUACCCGAGGUAAUACGAGAGAUCCCUGACACUGUAUCCCAACAAUCUCCAGAGGUAUCACCCCCACAGCAGAGAAGCACAUUACGUCGAAGGGCGAACACACGCAAGAUGCAGACGAUAAAUAUUGACGACUCGGACGAAGAGCCAUUCCCUGCACCUCAACCCACGCAAGCUCAACCCGUAUCAUCAGAAAAACCAGGAUCGUCUGCUAUGAAACCUGAGCAGAGUCAGGCGGUAAAGCGAACACCAGAACCAGUAGAGAAACGUCGAACGGCACGUGAAAGAGUUGAAGAGCAAAUGCAGGCGAAGCUCGAACCAGGGAGGGACUUUCUCGCUGAACACAUAGACAAGCGUAAGAAGACACUGCUGGACGAGCGUCAGAAGAACAUGGCGGUCCAGGAAAUGCGUAAAGCUGAACAAGAGGCUUUGUUGUCCGCACAAAAGGAGGCAUCUAAGCAACCAGAAAAGACAAGAUCACGACCAAUUAAAAGAUCAUUAAGGGACGACUUUGACGAUGAUAUACCAAACACCAACAAUGGUACUAGUAGACCACUCAAUGACUGUCUCAUCCCAAUGAAACUCAUCCCGCUUCAUCGACGCGAUCGACCAGCUAUAGGAGAAGAAAGCGGGACGAAGAAUGCACCGAAUUUCAAGAAAUUUAAACGCAAGAUUGAUCACCGCUAUCAGCCUCGCGUAGAAGUCGGGCUUAGAGAUAGGCAUACCCAGAUACGACCACGGCCACGCAAAGAAAGCAAAAUGACGAUAGAGAUGAGCAGCGACGAGGACGAACUCUUCGGAGAUGAAUACCUAGACGAUGAAUUUUAA